AUGUCAACAACAGAGAACACAACAACAGUUAUAGUCCAUGAAGCUAUAAAUGAAGAAUACGAGUACAUACAGUAUAACAAACAGUUACGUCUCAUUCGUUCGGUCAAAGACGAUAUGUACCAGAUGCAAAGUAUUUUGAACGCUCUUCGUUCUACAAAGCAAGCAUAUCAUUGGUUUGAAAACCAACAGACAAAAGAACUUUUAGAAGAAUUUCCUCAUAUGUUUGCUACCCUCGGAAAACCGAGGGUAGAGAUUCCGUACGAAAAUCGCAAGAAUUUGGCUCCUGGUUUGAGAGGAUAUUAUGUUCAUAGACUUUUAGUAAAUGCCGUAGCAAUGUGGGCUUCACCUCGUUAUGCUU